CCGCCCCCGCCCACCACCCGGCCGCCGGUUUUCCGGCGGGAGCGGGACCGCGUUGCGGAGGAGACGCCGCCGUUUGCUCCGUGAGGCCCGCGGGCCGCGGGGCUGCGCUGUCCCUGGCAGCCGCCGGAAUGCCUCACUUGGACAACGUGGUGCUUUGUCGCGAGUCCCAAGUGUCCACGCUGCAGUCCCUGUUCGGAGAGAGACAUCAUUUCAGCUUUCCAUCCAUUUUUAUUUAUGGACAUACUGCCAGUGGAAAGACCUAUGUCACACAAACUUUGUUAAAAACUUUAGAGCUCCCACAUGUCUUUGUGAAUUGUGUUGAAUGUUUUACGUUGAGGCUGCUUUUGGAACAAAUUUUAAACAGAUUGAAUUAUCUUAGUUCUUCAGAGGAUGGAUGUUCUACUCAAAUAACCUGUGAUACAUUUAAUGACUUUGUUCGCUUGUUUAAACAAGUAACCAAGGCUAAAAGUCUCAAGGAUCAGACUGUAUAUAUUGUUCUAGAUAAAGCAGAGUAUCUAAGAGAUAUGGAAGCGAAUAUUUUGCCUGGGUUUCUUAGGUUACAAGAAUUGACUGAUAGAAAUGUGACUGUUAUCUUUCUCAGUGAAAUUAUUUGGGAAAAAUUCCGUCCAAAUACUGGAUGCUUUGAACCAUUUGUCUUGUAUUUCCCUGAUUAUAGCAUAGGGAACCUUCAAAAGAUCCUGUCCCACGAUCAUCCUCCAGAGUAUUCAGCUGAUUUCUAUGCUGCUUACAUUAAUAUUCUUCUUGGAGUUUUCUACACUGUCUGCCGGGAUUUGAAAGAGCUCAGACAUCUGGCAGUACUUAAUUUUCCUAAAUAUUGUGAACCUGUGGUUAAAGGAGAAGCAAGUGAACGUGAUACUCGCAAACUCUGGAGAAAUAUCGAACCUCAUUUGAAGAAAGCCAUGCAGACUGUUUACCUCAGGGAAAUAUCAAGUUCACAAUGGGAAAAGCUACAGAAAGAUGACAAAGAUCCAGGACAACUGGAAGGUCUCUCAGCGUAUACUCAUGUGGAACUUCCUUAUUACUCUAAGUUUAUUUUAAUUGCUGCAUACCUUGCUUCAUAUAAUCCAUCAAGAACUGACAAGAGGUUCUUCCUUAAGCAUCAUGGGAAAAUCAAGAAAACCAAUUUUCUAAAGAAACAUGAAAAGACAAGCAAUCAUCUCCUCGGACCAAAACUGUUUCCACUAGAUAGAUUAUUAGCAAUAUUAUAUAGUAUUGUGGACAGCAGAGUUGCUCCAACAGCAAAUAUAUUUUCCCAGAUUACCUCUCUAGUGACCUUGCAGCUAAUAACCCUGGUUGGCCAUGAUGACCAGCUUGAUGGACCAAAAUACAAAUGCACAGUAUCUCUAGACUUCAUCAGAGCUAUCGCUAGGACGGUGAACUUUGACAUAAUAAAAUACUUGUAUGAUUUCUUGUGAAAACAAGCUUCAAAGCCAUAUGGACACUGUGACAAUGACUAAGCCAAGCUGUGUUCAUCCAACUACUUAGCUGGCCAGGGAGAGGAGUUCUUUGGCUCUACUGGAUUUGUCCAGACAGGUGCUGGCCCAGCAUGGAAUCUGAUGAAAAUACUCUGAUUGGUCUGGGUGGAUGUGAGCAGAAGACUAUUUACCAGGGGCCCUGGAGUAUUUGGAAGCAAUGUGUUAAUUAUAAACAGCAGGGUUUGAGCACAAUCUGUUCUACUCUUAAUGAUGUUAUCUUAACACUGAAAUUGCCUGAAACCCAUUUACUUAGGACUACAUUUUGCUGUGAACCAUCCCCUGCGCUUUGAAGGUGCCAGCAGCCCUUGUAUAUAAGCCCAGUCUUUCUACUUCCUCUCCACAGGAGCCUCUGCACUUGCUUGCCAGAGCAGAUUUUCCUAAGGCCACUGUUUUAAAAGAUCAUAGUUGCAAAAUAUAAUAAAUAGAGGUGUGCUUUUUAAAAAAAAUCCAAGCUUGUACGUGCGUAUCUUUCACCCUGCUUUUCUUAAAAGGCCAGGAUAGUUUGAUCAGAUCUAGGCCAACUUUCCAUCUCUAAGCCUACUUUAACUAGGGUGCUUGUAUGAGGUUUAUCUGGUCAUUCUUGCCAUUAACCACCCAAUCUAGCUUUUUAAAUACUCAUGAUAGUUUUCUUUUUUUAAUCAUUGAACUUUAAAGUUCCACAAUAAAUUUUUUUCCUGUUGGAUCAAUGAACAUUAGGGCUGAUUUUCUUGUCUGUUCGUAUUUUUAAAGCAGCUUUCUGUUAGCAUUUGAAUAAUUGAAAAUUGUUUUGCGCAGAUUUAAAGUGCUUAAUUAUAGAGCCUAGUUUAAAUUUCAGUGGCAUUUUACUCUCUCGUUCCUUUCUUGAAGAAAAAGGCUCACAGUGAGCACUCCCGGAUAGGAAGUCUUUUAAAAAUGUAGUGGUUAUCUGACACUUUCUGGAUCAAAGAAAACAAGUAUUUGUCUACUUACAUUUAUUUAUUUAGUGGUAAUGAAUAGAGGGGAAAAAACUGGACUUCCUUUGUUUCUCCCUACAUAAGACAGCAAGGGUAGACUUUCUUGCCCAAAAGAUGACAUCCACAAUUAGUGAUAGAGCACUCACACCCUGAGUCUCUUGUUCCUCAUAAGAUGGUUAAAUUUUUUGUUCUACAAGAUGUUUAGAGAAGCCAGAAUCAGGGUAAAGCCAUGUGCAUUGCAAAUGCAGGCUUAGGUUUCCUGCACAUAGAAAUCCAUGUGUCAUUAAAGUAGUGAGGAAAGAGUCAAGAAAUAAAAUGGAGUCAUUAUAGUCAAGCUGCUAAAUUACUAAAGUGAAGUAGGUUGAAGCAAGAGAAAACGAUUGUAUCCUUGCUUUAGCUUGCGGACUUAAAAUUUGAAUUUUUUAGUAGUCUAUCAAUGUCUAUAUAUAUAUCCUGUAUGUAGAUCAUUCUCUGAAGAACUUAGGAAAGAAUGUUCAUGUGUCCAGACCACCUGACACCUAUUAUUCAGAUCACCUGACAUCCAUUAUCCAGACCACCAGACAAAGAUUACCAUUUUGGACCAAUCCAGAAGCUAAGAAUGCAGGACUGAUUUUUUUUUUCUUUCUCAAGAAUAUACUUUUUACUGUUAAGAGCUCUCAAUUUUUCUCUUUUCUUUGAAACACUCUUGAUAUCCUUAUAAUUUAACCCAGUUAUUAAUUAACUGGAAAGGAAGAGAGGGAAGGCUGAAUAUUAUAUGCAUGCCCAGUAAAUUCUAAAGGGGAGAGAGUGCUUGUCAGUCAUACCUGGGAACAGAGCAUUGGCAAGAGUAGGCAUAGAGGCAUGGCCACUGCAAGAGCAGGAAGAUUUAAUAUCUAAACUCCUAAACAAAGAGGUUUCGUCUGGCUCUUGCUGCUGACGCCUGACUCCUGGCUUGCAGGGCUGUUAAAGCUCUGCACUCGCCCAAUGGCCUACAGCCUUGUGGACCCCACAUAUCAUGGACUGAUGGACUGGAAUUAGCCUAAUGCUCUGCCAGACUCUCCACCAUGGAAAGGAAACUCUGAACACUGGGUUUGUGUUUAGUUCUGCUGGAUUCCUAGAUGCACCUCUUCCAGGACUGGAUUAAGGUAAAUGGGACUUUGGAAACCGUGGGAUAUAACUACAUGCAAAUAAAAAUCAUUUAUUCUCCCGUG